CGUUCAUUUGAACCAUUUAACUCUUGGACGACACAGCUCUAAAUUUGGCCACACAUUUGGAUUGGAUUUCUUUAAUUUCUUUCUCGGCAGGAGCGUUUGUGUGGCGUUUGACAGGAUUAAAAUACGGACAUGGAGGAGACAAUUAGCAACGAAACAAUAGAAAGCAAUGACGACGAACUGUUGGCAAAAGAAAAACUAAAUCAAAGACGUGAAGCCCGAAGACGUAAGAUUUUGGAAAAUGCCAAAAAUCGUUUGGAAAGGUUAAAUGGCCGAACAGUUUCACUCAAUAAAGACGAAGCUCCUCCUAGCACCGAAAGACGACAAAUUAAAAUAGAAUAUGAACAUUCAAAUGGUCCAACGACAACAGCAAAUGAAACUGCUGACUUUUCCGAUCCUGAAGUAGAACCAGACAUUUUACCUCAUGAAAUGAGACAAUUCAUCAGGAACAGUGGUGGUUCAUUACCCUACAAUAGCUUUGACUUGAAUACUGCAACGCUGCAAGAUGAAACGCCUACCAAUGAAUUAAAUGACUUAUUGAAUAUGUUCCAAAACGUCCCGACUGUCAAAGAACGCCACGUACUCGUAAAGGCACGCUUACAUCUAAUUGUAUCAGCUUUAAUCUCUACAAUAUUUGCAAUAUUUUGGCCUCAAACUGGUUAUAGCAUUUUCGUUUUACCCGGCCUGUGUGUUAUUACCGACUUGCUAUUUUUCCGAGAACAAAAACCUUUGCACCCCAUAUUGAAUAUGAUAUUUAUGGUAUUUAGCAAUCAUUUGCCACCGCAGGCACAACAAUGUUUACACAUCUUCACCAUUGUACAGAGUAUAAUUGUCGAUUUGGGUGUCUUCGUUUUUAGUUUCUGCACGCUUUUCUAUUUGAUAUCGCUUUGUACAAAUAAUCAACUUACCGGUCUCAUGGUAAUUAAAUAAGAAUGGUGUUUUGAGCUUUUUAAUUUUCUGUUCACAUCGAUUUCAUUUUGUGUUAUAAUUUACGUACUUUAUUAUAUUUUGUUUCGUAUCAAAAUAAAUAAUGCAUAAAAGACAUUUAUUAAGGUAAUGGA